CCAGAGUCCUUUGGUACACAAGGCUCGGCAUUGAGCAAUGCAGGUUGUCUUUACUCUGGCUGCAGAGGACUGGAAGCGUUAACAUUUGGCAGAAUGCGUUGAAAUCCAGUUCUCUUUCUACUGCACGAAUAAUGAACGAAAUACAGAAACAGUGAAAUAAUGGCUGUUGAAGCAGUCCACUGCAACCUGAGUCAAAAUGGCAUAGAUCAUGCAUCCUGCACAGAAGAAGUGUGCUUAGAGCUGCAGACAGAAAGUGCAGAGAGUCCAGCGGGGAGUGAGGAGAGUAAUCCAAGUCUGCCAGAGACUAAAGGAAGUCCAAAACAACAGAAUUCGGAUGCAGAAACAACACGGCCUGGCAAUGUGAAGCUGUCUAAGCCAGUAGCUCUAUGGACCCAGCAGGAUGUCUGCAAGUGGCUGAAGAAACAUUGCCCCAACCAGUAUCAAAUCUACAGUGAGUCCUUCAAACAGCAUGAUAUAACAGGUCGGGCUUUGAUGAGACUGACAGAUAAGAAGCUGGAGAGGAUGGGGAUAGCACAAGAAAGCCAGCGACAGCACAUCUUGCAACAGGUUCUGCAGCUGAGAGUGAGGGAGGAAGUCAGGAACCUGCAGUUACUUACACAAGCUGGGAUGCGUAACAAGAGACCAAUUGAGCAAGUAGGCUUGCCCGGCACUGAGCUGAUCGGGAGGUCCGGAUUGGCUGGGGGUCGUGCCUGGGGAGUCUGCGUGCAGCUGAAGAAGCAUCUGCGUAGCAGCUCGAGCCUCACUGGAGAGUUCACCGUAGUGUCUCCAUUUCAGAGGCAGGGAACCACCUGACUGCCUGUCCCGGGAGACCACAAGGAAGUGACCUCAUCAAGGACAACGUCUGUUUAAAACAGAAGAAAAAGGAACAAAAAGGAAGUCUGAAGAGAUGUUUCCAAAAACUGGAAGCUUCCCAUUGUUUACUAGUAUACUGUACUUCAAAUUAAAAGUAGCACUUUAUAUCUAUCUAUCUAUCUAUCUAUAUCUAUCUAUCUAUCUAUCUAUCUAUCUAUCUAUAUAGUCUUAGCACUUGGUCAUACAUGUUUUUAACAGAGCUCACUUAAGCAUACUGAUGGUAUGUUACAGUAAAUCACUUGUUGCCUGCAUUACAUCAGGAAUAUUUGCCUUUCUUUCGAUACUUCUUACUUUCUGGUUGUUAAAUCUGCUGGCUGUCUACAUUUUAACCUAGUGGUUAUAAAAUGCUUAGUCUACAGCAUGUUUUGAAAACCAUGAGUGUUGGGAAAGUUCACUGUGAUUGCAGCCUGUGUUAAACGUGCACCUGUUUCACCCCUGUAGUAAAGAAGGCAGCACAGCACCUCAAACCCCUUCAGUGGUCAUGCUAAUAGAGUGAAUGUGCAGUGUGGCAUGAAGGCUGAAGUAAUUUGGUUCAAAUUUAAAAGUGAAAAAUCUACCAUGAUACUUGAGAGACAUUUUGAUUUUGCCGCUUGUAAUUAGAUGAUUUUGAAAGAGUAUUUAAAUAUACCCUAAAACCAUAGAACCAGGGAAUGUUAGCAAUUUUACAUUUUUAAAUAGUAUUAAUUCUAUUUUCAUGCUUAUUUUUAUUGCUACUACUAGUGUUUCUAUAUGUGAAGACAAAAGUAUUACCUUAAUCUACCCUUAGUUAGUACCAGGUUGUGAAUCACAGAACAUAUUACCCUCAUAAUAAAAGCAUAGCAAAAUGUAAUAAAGCACAGUGAAAGUAUGGUAAAGCAUAGGUAAGCAUUGUAAAGCACAGAGAGAUAUGGUAAAGCGUAUAAAAAAAAAUACAUGGCAAACUAGGUUAAACUGCAUGGGAAAAGUGCAAACAUAAAGAGAGAGAGUAAACUUUUAUAAAGGUAUUACUACAGAUUUUUGCUACAUAUUUCCAAUGCUGUAAUCAUGAUAAGCUACCAUAACUAAUGCUGAUUUAAAAUAAUGUCACAAGUAGUUUAAUGGGUGUAUAAAUACCUCAACAGUUCAGCGCCUCCUUUAUCAAUCAAAAUAUUAGACUGGCUUUAAUUAUUAAAAUAUUCUGGUGUCUAGGGAGAUUUAAAAACUUUGAACUACUGUAGGCGUAACAUGCUACCCAUUAGGAGCCAAGCCAGCUAACUGUCAGUUACUAUACACCCACAGGCUACAAACUCCUGUCAGCACCUGAUAGCUGUACCGCCCCACACAUCACCCAGAAAUAACUAUGAAAAAAAGGCUUUUCAAAUUCAGAAUGAAGUAGAAUAAGAAAUACCCUGUAUACAGAAACAUCUGCAGGGGUUUGCUUUAGGAUAGUUGAAUCCUGCUCUAUAUUCAUUAUUAUAGUUGUUUUGUUACACACAAACUGAAGAUUUUAUUUAUUUAAGGAUUGUAAAAUUGCAUCUAGUAAUGAAAAUGGUAUGAUAUCUAAUCAAUUGUACAAUAUCUAAACCUUUCUCUUUAACAAAUUAUAGUGGAUAAAUAAAAAUAUAAGAAACGAAGUCAAGCAGACAAAUGUUUCAGCGAAUGCCUGUCAGUAUUCAGGCUUGUAACCUGUGGCAACUGGGGAUAUAGUGUAGGUGCCAUUUUAUAAAUAUGUAUUUCACAUUUUAGAUUGAGAACUUCUUAUCCAAUUCUUAUAAAAAGUAUUAAGUCAUAUCUGGAGGCACCUGUCCAUCUAUCUGUACUUAGAGAACCGCUUAUUAUAUUGUAAUAAAACUUAGUAUGAACAGA